AGGCACGGGACAUGAAGAGAACAAUAAAUAGGAGAGAGAGAGUGUGAACUAAAGAAAGAGAGGUGAUGAGGCUUAUGAUAACCCUCAUGAUCGUCACGUCGUUUUUCAUUUCCUUCUCCCAAUAACCCUCCCUCCUCUUCCCUCCCAGAAUUCCACGCUUCCUCUUCCUUGCUUUUCUAUUUUCUUUUUUCUUUUUUUAACAUAUAUAUGAUAUAAUAUUAUAUAUAUGUAUCUAUAAAGUAUGUCCUAGCUAGUCAACUUCAUAUUCUUUCUCUCUCACUCUUGUUCCAUAUUAAACCAACACACACCCAUUCUUCUUCAACUCUUUCACACUCUUACCCCUUUCUCUCUUUUCUUGAUUGAUCAAUCCCCAUCUCUGUUUGUCUCUCUGAAACUCAUCAAACAUAUACACUACCUUUCGCCCCCUCAAGUAAAGGCCCCCCCCCCCCCGCCCCCAAUUCCCAUUGCUUGUCUUCCUUAAUACCAUCUUAUAUUAUUUUCUAGAUAUAAAAAAACCUUUACUCUUAGAUUAACUACUUUGAAAACCUACAGGGACAUCCAUCUUUCCAAACGCAACAAAAAUCCCAUCAUAGCAAAUACACAAUUCCCUCAAAAGGGUAAAGAGAAAAGAACAAAGUGAAAUCUAUAUAGAUACCCAUCUUGGUUGACCUUGGAGGGAAAAAAAGAAAAAAAAAGAAACAGAAGAAAACCCUAACUAGUUUGUUUUGUUUUUCUCUGCAUAUUAAAAGAUGUGGAUGAUGGGUUAUAACGAGGGUGGUGAUUUCAACAUGCCCGAUUCAUUCAAUGGAAGGAAGCUUAGGCCUCUCAUUCCAAGACCCGUUUGUUCUUCUACUACAAACACCACUACAGCUUCAAACCCUGCUCCUCCUUGUUUAAGCCGCAUUCAUGGAUCCGACUUCUUCGCACAAUAUCACCAUCUGGCGUCUAUGGCGGAGCAAAACAAGAGAGAGUUCAACACACCGCAGAUUGUGGUGAGCUCGAGGUGGAAUCCGACGCCGGAGCAGUUGAGAGCUCUCGAAGAAUUGUACCGACGAGGUACUCGAACUCCAUCGGCGGAGCAAAUCCAGCACAUCACCGCUCAGCUUCGUAGAUAUGGAAAAAUCGAAGGGAAAAACGUUUUCUAUUGGUUUCAAAACCACAAAGCAAGAGAAAGGCAGAAACGACGUCGUCAAAUGGAAUCGACGACCGCACCACAACCAUCGGAUGAGCUCGAAAUGUCAGAUAAAAAAGAAUUGGGCGCAAGUAGGACUGUGUUUGAAGUUGAACAAACCAAGAACUGGGCACCCUCUACAAACUGCAGUAUUCUUACAGAGGAAUCUGUUUCAAUACAAAGGACAGCAAAAGCAACAGUGGCAGAAUGUAGGACAGAUGGAUGGAUCCAAUUCGGAGAAGGAGAAUUGCAGCAAAGAAAGAACUUUGUGCAAAGGAAUGCCACAUGGCAGAUGAUGCAGUUGUCUUGUCCUCCUCUUUCUUCUUCUUGUCACAACCACCUCAUAAACACUCAUACUACUACUACUUCUACUACUACUAAUGGUGCUAUUGCUACUACUCCUCCAACCUUAACAACAUUAAGAACAGCGGACCAGAAGCUCAUUAAGACAACAGACCAAGAUCUGAGCAUCUUUAUAGCACCACCUUAUAGACAAAAUGGUCGACUUUAUCAUGACCAAGUAAACAGUCAUGUUGCUGGUGAUCGUGAACAAGAUUGCUGUGGAGAAUCUCAAACCCUUCAACUUUUUCCACUUCGUAGCGGGAAUGGUAAUGAAAUUCUUGGAGAAAAAGAGACGGAGAUAUCGGUUUCAGCCAUGAAUGGUAGCUUUAGUACUAGUACACCUUUUCAGUUCUUUGAGUUCCUUCCAUUGAAGAACUAAAAUUAACCUUGACUCUCUACCAUGUAGCUAUGCUAUAUUGGGAGGGGAAAAGUCUAGAUUUUAUAAUUUUGUUGGAAAACGAGAAUGUUUUAAUUAUUAUAAUUUUUUAUUUUAUUUGUUGUUGAUGUUUACAUUUCAUAGAUGAGGUGUAAUGGUAUAUGGGUCUGUGAAGGAAAGGG